UGCAACCACAAAUCGGUCGGGUGCGAGAUGUACAGCUACGGCGCUUCCGAGGCCAAGCAAAGGAAAGAAUCCUACUUGGCCAAGAUCAGACACUCCCGGCGCCCAGCUCCCACGAGCACUAGCCUCGAUGCCGGUGCCAGAGACAAGGAGGCCACCGCCAUCUUGGAGGAUGACGGCGGAGGAGGGGGGCUGUAUCUGGCCCUAGUGAAGGGCGAGGUGGAUGGCGGCAGAGGCAGAGACGGAGGAGGAGAAGGAGGAGGAGGAGGGAAGCUGUAUGUGGCCGUUGGGAAGGACGAAGAGAAUGGCAGGUCCAACCUCCUCUGGGCCGCUCAGAACCUCCUCGCCGGCGAUGACAAGCUUGUCUUGCUGCACGUCCACCAGCCCGAUCACAGAAUCAUGACCGGAUUUCGCACGGUCGAUGCAAGCCAGCUCCAGGAGAAGGAGCUCAAGGCUUACCGGAAGGAUGAGGAUGAGGAGAUGAACACACUUUUGAACCACUACCUCGACUUCUGCAAAGAUUCUCUCAAGAUGCAAGCUGACCGCGAAGAAUAGUACUGCGAAUGGCAUCGUCAAGCUCAUCGAACAGAAUCACAUCACAAACCUUGUCAUGGGAACAUCCUCCUUCUCACCUGACGUCCAGACCAAGUACACCUUCGUAAUGAGGUUUCAUCGAUAAACACACACACCGCGAACUGCGCUUGUUUCUAUGCAUUGAUAUACAUAGGGCAAAGCACUGCGAUAGUUGUGUAAUUAUAUUAAAAUUUCUUAUUUCAUGUACGUGAAUUAAUGUCUGCUAUUGUAAACAAGCGGCGGUAAAACAGCUAGGCUUCACAACCAAUUAAUGGGUAUUAAAACACUGCCCUUUUGUAAGUUGACACACAAUCCAAAAUUUGUCUCCCUUGUGUUAUCAAAUGACAAUUAAUCACAAUACACUCCCAAUAACAGAACAUUAU